GACAUCAAGAAGUAAUAAAUAGACACAUCUGAAAGCCAGUAUCGAGCCAGCUCAAUCAUCAAUUCUCCAUUCCAUUCCAUUCCAUUCAACUCCAGUCUCCUUUUCUCCUUUUCCCUCAGACGUGUACAGUUUACCAAAAACUCCACAUCCUCUCCUCCACUCCUCCACCCCUCACCCCUCACCUCAAAAGAAGCCCUCCAUGCCCCGCACAGACGAAGCCGCCUCCUUCUACCACGCCGUCUACAGCGCAAUCCAAGAGAUUCCCUACGGAAAAGUAACUACCUAUGGACACAUCGCGCGAUUAAUCGGGAUGCCCCACCGACCCCGCCAAGUAGGAAUCUGUCUCAAGCAUUUGCCCGCCUCUCCCACCGACUCUUCAACUUCAACUUCCACCUCUACCCACCCCUUCCAUAAUGCCAAUGUACCGUGGCAACGAGUCAUCAAUGCUAAGGGGGGGAUAAGUCCACGAGCCCACCCCUCCGGCGCCCAAAACCAAGCCGCUAUUCUGCGCAGUGAAGGAAUCGAAGUAACGAAUGGUUCUCUCAACACCCUCCUCGUCUCUCUACCCACCUACGGCUGGUUUCCGCGUCAGCUACCUAGCGAAGAAGCUGCUGGGUUAGAUCCACCGAUUAAUUCGGAUUCGGAUACCGAUUCGGAUUUGGAUGCGGAUGCGGAGGAAUGAUGCGGAAGAAUGAUUAUUUUAUUUGCUCGCUUGCUGAUUUGUUUGUUCGCCACCUCUAUGUAUAUAUCACCACUUACCAAAUCAGAUCAAGGGAGGUCAGAAUUGAAAAGUAGGCAUGGCGCUGAGUAUAAUAUUGAGUAACUGAAAUCA